AAUACAUUAUGCAUUUCGUGUUGCUCAAAUUUAUUCCCAGUUCAGAUCAGUUUUCCUUUUUCUUAUACAGUCUUUUUGUAGCCGGAAAUGAUAAGAAAAGCGGGUUAUCCUGCGGAAUCUCAUGUUAUAAUGACGGAGGACGGCUAUCUCUUGACGUUACAUCAUAUCCCAGGUGGCAAUAAUUCUUUACCCGUGCUGUUGCAGCAUGGUUUUUACUGCAGCUCCGCUGACUGGGUUGUUCUUGGCAAAGGCAAAGCAUUGGCUUACAUAUUAGCGGAUGAGGGAUAUGAUGUUUGGUUGGGCAAUUUUCGAGGCAAUACAUACUCGAAGGCGCAUAUUUCCCUAUCUCCUUUGAAUUCGACAUUUUGGAAUUUUAGUUUUUUUACAAUGGCAUCAGAGCGUCCGAAAAUCUCUAAAAUGGUGCAAAUGAUGAUCGCUCUCGCGCCAGCAGUUUUUAUAAAGCACAUGCGGAGUCCGGCACAAUACUUGAAACUAUUUAGAAGUGAAAUUGAGACAGUGAUGCGAUUGUUCUUUCACGAUGAAUUCCUUCAAAAUGAUUUUGUGAGAUUUCUUUUGAAAAAAAUCUGCCUCCAGAAUAUUAAUCGAGAGAGCUGCUCCAAUUUCAUGUUUAUAAUCUGGGGUGAUGAUUAUGAACAAUUUAACAAUACUCUACUGCCUGUCAUCUUGAAUCAUUUCCCAACCAGCGCCUCGACUAAAACGCUACUGCAUUACGCUCAAAUAUUUGAUUCGGACAAGUUUCGCAAAUUCGAUUAUGGUCGCGUGAAAAAUCUGUUGAUCUAUAAUUCUAUGGACCCACCAAAUUACAAUUUAUCGAACACCACAGCGGUACCAAUCGCGUUGUUUUACGCCGAUAAUGAUUGGUUAAUCGACACAGAGGAUGUGAAAAGAUUAUACCAUUUAUUGCCCAAUGUAGUAGACAUGUACGAUGUGCCGUGGUCCAAAUUUAAUCACUUUGAUUUUAUGUGGGCUAAAGAUGCGUCAAAACUCGUAUACGAUAGGAUUAUCAAGAUCAUGAGAAGAGAAAAUCCAAAUAAUAUUACAUCAGUGGAAUAAUAUUGUCAACAAUCAAAAUUAAAGAUAAAUGUUAAACG